AUGCUAAUAGCACUUACCAUUCUCAUAACUGCCAUCAUUUUUACAUGCUUAAGGGCUACUCUCAUUGAUCCUACUGACAGUAUAGUUUUGAAGGAGCGCAACUCUAAAUCGAAAGGAUUGGAAUUCAAAACAGAUCUCAAAACCUAUUGUUUGAUAUGUCAAGCUCAUGUAAUCGAAACAUCCAAGCAUUGUUUUAGUUGCAGCAAGUGUGUUGAAGGUUUUGAUCAUCACUGCAUAUGGUUAAAUAAUUGCAUCGGCAUUAAGAACUACAAGUACUUUUUCAUCUUAGUUGUCCUACUUGUAAGUUUCAAGUGUCUGAGAAUUACUCAGGAUGUUCUCCUCCUACAAAAAAAUGCCUACUAAGUUCUUGCAUUUGUCAGCAUCAUUCUUGACCCUCCAAUCCUAAUUGUUCUUUCUUAUUUACUAGGAAUGCACAUUUUCUUUAAGUAAACCAUAAAUCUAUGUAAAGAUACAAAGAGGCAAGGAGAUAAAUAGAAUUCGAAGUCAUAGAAAUAGCAAUCGCUACCAAAAACGAAUGAAAGUGUAGGCUAUGGAUAACUGUUAUCCACUUCUAAACGCUUUGAUUUUAAAUGCUCCCUAUCAAAUAAGACUGAUAACAAAGUGCCUUAAUAAAAUUUCUUCCCAAAAGCUUCUUAGGUUCCUUAGAACAACUCCACCAUCUAAGUCACUCAAUUAUAAAGCAUCUUUACGAUAAAGCCUACAUCUCCUAAAAACAAUAAGUAGUCAAGAAAGGAGGAAGAUGAAAGGGACGGAAGAUAAAUAUUUAACAAGAUAAUCACUGAGGAUAGUGACGUACCUGAAAAUGUCGAUCCGAGGGAUGAUGAAAUUUAACCUGAGAAUGAUAGCGAACAUUAACAAUCUGAAAAAGAAUAAAAUUGA